GGGGGGCGAAUGAACUAGGUAGCCAAUUUGAGAACAGUAACAAAAAUAUGAAGUUAGAGAAGGUGGACUGGUGUCACUUUUGAGAGCGGGGUAACAUCACUGUAUUUUGUGGUUGAGUUACAGCAUGUUUGAGAAAAGACGUAAGGAUGCAGGGUCAUUGGAAGUUAGAAGCGUUGGAUUUUUUUUCCUGAACAAAGAAGUGCUGGAUGUUGCUCUGUUCUAGUUGUGGUUCCAUAUUACUUGAGCUGGCCAUUGAGAUUUGAGAAUUUUAUAUGGACUACUAAAUUCUUGUAUGAAGUUUUCUAUUUUGGAAGGGUAGCUGUCUAUAUGCGCUAGCAUCUCACCCUUGGGUUUGCUUAGAUGAUGGAAUCCAGUUUCUUUUUUCCCCCAUUUGAAUGGACUGUUAAAACCACCAGUAUGGCUUGAAUCCAGAAGUUCAAUAUUCGUGGAGCAGCUCAGAUUACAUUUUUGUUUAUGUUGUUUCCGACUUCCGAGAGUAACUUGAACGAACAAUUUGUACAUAUGUGAUCAGAAAACGCAGCGUAUUGCCAUUUGUGUUGAUGUUUGUCAGUCACCUUACUGUCAUAUGUGACUUUGGGAAGGGUGAUGCAAGUAUGCCUGUUUACUUAUUUGCUCUGGCAACUUCUUCAAUCCUUGAUACAGAAAAGAAACUAUUGGUUGUAUGAUUUUUAGAUUUCCUUGGAGAGGGGGCUAUGCUUUUGUGGCCUGCGGAUUGCUCCACUGCUUUGCAUAUUAUUUGCUCUGCAUGUGCAACAAUCUUCAGGAAUUGUGGAUCUGUGUGUGAUGAUGAUCUGCUGCCCUCGUACGUUCCAGUGGUUUGACCACAGCCCCAUUAGCUGCUCACUUAUAUGUGCUAGUUAUUCUGCUUAGACUGACAAAGAGGGAUAGACCUGCUAUUUCUCUGUGCAUUGCUUCGUUUCCUGUCCGAAGCAUGUGGCAUUUCCAGAUCCGGGACGAAUGCCAAGUUCAGGACCAUCACGCUGUGCAUUGCUUCGUUCGUAAGGGGAGGUAGAAGACAAACCUGUGAACGGUUGGAGUUUGAUCCGACGGAGAAACUGCUCCAAAAAGAAAAUGCGCCAACUAGUAGAUAACAUUAUCUUCCUCUCGCACCGACGCUUCCCGCGCCAAUGGCCCUGAACAACCUCCUGAACCUUCCUCCCUCCGAGGUCGCGCUCAAGCCCCCUCUCCCGCCGCGCCCGUCGCUCUCCGCGCCACCGCGAGGGACCCAUCUCCGUCGCUCCCUCACCUUCCGCAGCGAGCCGCCGCGGCCGACGCUGCGCGUCCACUCGUCGGCGUCGUCCCCGCCGUCGGACGCCGCGCCCUCGCCGCCGUCGUCGAGGGAGGACGCCGUCGCGCAGGCGCGGUCCUGCCUCGCCGCGGCGCUGCGGAAGCCGCUCGGCAACUCGGUCCCGCCCAAGAAGCUCAAGAGGCAGCGGCAGCCCCGGCUCCGCGCCGAGAUCCCCGUCGUCGACGACUCGCCGGCCUCCCUCGCGCGCCUCGCGCUCGACGUGUUCUCGGGCAGCGCGGGCGUGUCGAGGAAGGGCGCGCCGGCGAGGCUGCUGCUCGUCUGGCCUUCGGCCGAGGCGCUGGCGGUGGCGCUGAGGGAGUUCGAGAACUCGGGGGACUCGACGACGGCGCACGCGCAGCUGGGCUCGGAGGCGCCGGGCGCGCUGAGCGUCUGCGACGCCGCGGUGUUCCUGGCCCCGGUGCCAGCGCAGGUGGAGCUGGUGAAGGCCUCCGCCGCCGCAGUGGACCCCAAGCCGGUGGUCCUGUUCAACCCGGCGUGGAGCUUCGACGAGGAGGAGGGGGAAGCGUUCGGCGCCGGGGCGAGGGGCUUCCUGGGGUCCUUCGACGUGGUGUACUCCUUCACGGGGCUGGAGGUCCGGGGCCUGCUGAGCAAGAAGAGGGGCGUGCUGCUCCGGUGCGUCGACGGCGGGCGGUUCGGCGGCGAGAGCUGGGUGCUCAUGGUGGAGAACGACGGCGGCGCGCCGGUGGGGCAGGAGUUCAGGGUCGUGUCGCGGCUGAAGAAGCGACCGACGAUCGGCGAGGUGGAGACGAUGCUGUACAACCUCAUGGCCGCCAACUCGCCGGUGACCAAGUCGGCCAGGUUCCUUAGGGAGAUGGUGUCCAAUGUGACCGGAGGGAAGGCCAAGCAGUGAUUUGGAUGACCUGCAUGAAUCAUGAAUGCGAGACUGAUGGUUUGGGUGAUUAUUCAACGGUGUCCUCUGAAUUUAAUCGUGACAGGCAUGCAACUGCUUCUGACAUGGAUGAGUGGCAGCACUAGGGAGAUAAACGAAUCGGAUACGGACGGAUAUUACUGAUAUCGUAUUUUUUUAUAUUUUUAUUCGAAUACAGAGUUGAAUAUGGAUAGUGCUAGUUUUUGCCGAAUAAAAUUGCAAUGGAUGUCGACAUCAUAAAAAUGUAACUUUUGAGUAUUCGGAUACGGAUCAGUUACGGAUAUUGAAUACUCGGAAUCGGAUACGGACGGAUAAAAACCCUUCCAGACCGAAUCGAA